AUGCUUUCAGUCAAGUAUCUAGUCGUGUUUCUCGCUCUUUGCGUCACACACACGUGCGUCGUGAGUGGUGAAGGCUACAAUUUUCAGAAAUAUAUGGGCUCGAAUCAAAAUCAGACGCAGGGCGACUUGGUACUCACUCCCACCUUGUCUGAGACGCUGCAUCCUGAGAUAUCUUCUUCAGUAGAAACGAUCGAAGUAUAUAUGCCGAUUCCAAUCAAGACGCCGCGUCCCGAAAUUCUUGCAGUCGAAGAUACCGAAGUGUAUGUGCCUACUCUGACCGAGAAACCGUGUCCUCCCUUACCGACUCCCACUUUUGAGACGGAGUCUGACACUGAGGCUCUCAUAAAGGAGACUGCAUUGUACGACGGAGUAAACGAUCCCGAGUUCCCAAGCCCAGUCGUUUCGUUAACGAUGGAGACGCAUUCCCCAUUCGAGACUGCUCCAUACACGCCAACUCCAGCGCGAACGGAACCAUGCCCGGAGCUUGCGUUGGCCUCCGAACCGACCGAGACGGCCUCAGCAUCUGAACUGACAGCCCCAUGCCCGACACUCGUGAUGGCCUCCGAAACAGAGGCUCCUCAAACCGAGAAACCAACCGAGACAUACUCAACGCCGACGAUUCCGUGCCCAACAUUCACAUUGAUGCCCGAACCAGCGACAAACUAA